CCACACCGCCUGCGACCCGCUUGCUGCUGUCGGUCCACACCGUCCGCGUCCCCCGGCUCCCAGUGCCAGCCUCCCGGCUCUCCGUCGGCCCCCACUCCGAGCCGCCCGCGCCGGCACCUCUCCCCCGCGGACUACAACUCCCACAAUGCCCCGCCGCCGCCCCCCGGCUUCCGGUGCUGCGCAGUUUCCGGAGCGGAUCGCAACCCGGAGUCCGGAUCCGAGCCCGCUCUGCACAUUCCACAGGCAGGUGUCAGAGAUGGCUGAAGACGGGAGCGAGGAGAUCAUGUUCAUUUGGUGUGAGGACUGCAGCCAGUACCACGACUCCGAAUGUCCUGAGCUGGGCCCCGUGGUCAUGGUCAAAGACUCCUUUGUGUUAAGCAGGGCACGAUCAUCCCUCCCUUCCAACCUGGAGAUCAGGAGACUGGAAGACGGGGCCGAAGGAGUGUUUGCUGUGACCCAGCUCGUCAAGAGAACACAGUUUGGUCCGUUCGAGUCGAGGAGAGUGGCCAAAUGGGAGAAGGAAUCCGCGUUUCCGCUGAAGGUGUUCCAGAAGGAUGGACACCCCGUGUGCUUUGACACCUCCAACGAGGAUGACUGCAACUGGAUGAUGCUGGUGCGGCCGGCGGUGGGGCCCGAGCACCAGAACCUGACAGCCUACCAGCACGGCAACGACGUGUAUUUCACCACCUCGAGGGACAUCCCCCCGGGCGCUGAGCUGCGCGUGUGGUACGCCGCCUUCUAUGCCAAGAAGAUGGACAAGCCCAUGCUGAAGCAGGCCUGCUCUGGAGCCCACACUGCAGGCACCCCAGAAAGCAGCGCCGCCGUGGAGUCCGAGCCCAGCCAGUGGGUGUGUAAAGUGUGUUCCGCCAGCUUCCUGGAGCUGCAGCUCUUGAACGAGCACCUCUUGGGUCACUUGGAACAAGCCAAAAGCCUUCCCCCCGCCAGCCAGCAUGAAGCAGCACCCGAGAAAGAACCAGAUGUGCCCCGGGGGGAGCCUCCUGCCGUUCCCAAGAGUGUCAGUGCCACCAAAGAGCAGAAGAAAAAGCCUCGAAGGGGGAGAAAACCCAAAGCUUCAAAACCUGAGCAGCCACUAGACAUCAUAGAGGGCAAGGAGCCAGCAGAGCCAGUGGCAGAGAUCAUUACGGAGGUCCCGCCAGACGAGCCUGUGGCUGCAGCGCCGGACGAGCGCAUCAUGGAGCUGGUUCUGGGGAAGCUGGCCACCACCACCGGCGACACGGGUUCCCUGCCCAAGUUCCCGCAUCAUCAGAGCACCACCAUCACCCUCAAAAGGAGCCUAAUUCUGUCAAGCCGGCACGGCAUCCGGAGGAAGCUGGUCAGGCAGCUGGGGGAGCACAGGCGGGUCUAUCAGUGCAACAUCUGCAGCAAGAUCUUCCAGAACAGCAGCAACCUGAGCAGGCACGUGCGCUCGCACGGCGACAAGCUGUUUAAAUGUGAGGAAUGUGCCAAGUUGUUCAGCCGCAAGGAAAGUCUGAAGCAGCACGUCUCCUACAAGCACAGCAGGAAUGAGGUGGACGGCGAGUACAGGUACCGGUGCGGCACUUGUGAGAAGACCUUCCGCAUCGAGAGCGCCCUGGAAUUCCACAACUGCAGGACAGAUGACAAGACGUUCCAAUGUGAGAUGUGUUUCAGAUUCUUCUCCACCAACAGUAACCUUUCCAAGCACAAGAAGAAGCACGGGGACAAGAAGUUUGCUUGUGAGGUCUGCAACAAAAUGUUCUACCGCAAGGACGUCAUGCUCGACCACCAGAGGAGGCAUCUGGAAGGAGUGCGGCGGGUGAAGAGGGAAGACCUGGACACCGGUGGCGAGAACCUGGUCCGCUAUAAGAAGGAGCCCUCGGGAUGCCCCGUGUGUGGCAAGGUGUUCUCCUGCAGAAGCAACAUGAACAAACACCUGCUGACCCACGGCGACAAGAAGUACACCUGUGAGAUCUGCGGCCGCAAGUUCUUCCGCGUGGACGUGCUCAGGGACCACAUCCACGUCCACUUCAAGGACAUCGCACUGAUGGACGACCACCAGAGGGAGGAGUUUAUCGGCAAGAUCGGCAUCUCCUCAGAAGAGAACGACGACAACUCAGACACGAGCGCGGACUCGGAGCCUCACAAGUACAGCUGCAAGCGGUGCCAGCUCACCUUCGGCCGGGGGAAGGAGUACCUGAAGCACAUCAUGGAGGUGCACAAGGAGAAAGGCUACGGCUGCAGCAUCUGCCACCGGCGCUUCGCCCUGAAGGCCACCUACCACGCGCACAUGGUCAUCCACCGCGAGAACCUGCCGGACCCCAACGUGCAGAAGUACAUCCACCCGUGCGAGAUCUGCGGCCGCAUCUUCAACAGCAUCGGGAACUUGGAGCGGCACAAACUCAUCCACACAGGUGUGAAGAGCCACGCCUGUGAGCAGUGUGGGAAGUCCUUCGCCCGGAAGGACAUGCUGAAGGAGCACAUGCGCGUGCACGACAACAUCCGGGAGUACCUGUGUGCUGAGUGUGGGAAAGUGCGGAAGCAGCCCAGCCAAGGGUUGUCUGCGGCACCAGAUGAGUCUAAGAACCGCUGUGUGUCUGCGUGCAUGUGCAACAUCCCCAGCUCUCACCGCCUGCUGACUGGAACCAGCUACGUGUUAAACAGCGGUUUAUUGUCCGCUGAGAUUAGCUUGCCCUCUCCUGCAGGAAUUAAAGAUUUCAUGUGUGAGCUGUGCGGGAAGACCUUCAGCGAGAGGAACACGAUGGAGACCCACAAGCUCAUCCACACAGUGGGCAAGCAGUGGACGUGCUCCGUGUGCGACAAGAAGUACGUCACGGAGUACAUGCUGCAGAAGCACGUGCAGCUUACCCACGACAAGGUGGAGGCUCAGAGCUGCCAGCUGUGCGGGACCAAGGUGUCCACCAGGGCCUCCAUGAGCAGACACAUGCGGCGCAAGCACCCGGAGGUCCUGGCCGUGAGGAUCGAUGACCUGGACCACCUCCCGGAGACCACCACCAUCGAUGCCUCCUCCAUUGGCAUCGUCCAGCCCGAACUGAGCCUGGAGCAGGAAGAUCUAGCCGAGGGGAAGCACGUGAAGGCCGCCCGCAGGGCCCACAAGAGGAAGCAGAAACCGGAGGCAGAGGCAGCGGGAGCCCCAGGGCCCGAGGAGGCCUCCUUCAGCGAGUACUCGGAGAAGGAGCCCGUGCUGUCCGGCGUGGGGGACGAAACCGACUCGGCGGUGCAGAGCAUCCAGCAGGUGGUAGUGACCCUGGGCGACCCAAACGUGACCACCCCGUCGAGCUCAGUGGGCCUGACCAACAUCACCGUGACCCCUAUCACCACCGCAGCUGGGACUCAGUUUACCAAUCUGCAGCCCGUGGCCGUUGGGCACCUAACCACCCCGGAGCGCCAGCUGCAGCUGGACAACUCAAUCCUCACCGUGACCUUUGACACUGUCAGUGGCUCUGCCAUGUUGCACAACCGCCAGAAUGACAUCCAGAUCCACCCACAGCCCGAAGCUUCGAACCCGCAGUCCGUGGCCCACUUCAUCAAUCUGACCACGCUGGUCAACUCUAUCACGCCCCUGGGGAGCCAGCUUGGUGACCAGCACCCGCUCACGUGGCGGGCGGUGCCGCAGACGGACGUCCUGCCGCCCCCCCAGCCACAGGCGCCCCCCCCGNGCUGUCCUCUUGUCGACUGUCGCUUCACCGAGCGUCGUGCCCUCGGGUCUCACCUCUCCCGAUUGCCUCCGCCUCGAGCCCCGGGGGGCGCCCACUGA